AUGUCUCCAGCCGCCCCUCAUCCUAUUGCGAAAGCCUCAUUUGAGGAUCGAGCCUCGAAAACAAAGCAUCCCUUAUCCGCCUACCUACUUCGUCUUAUGACCCUUAAACAAUCCAAUCUAUGCGUCAGCGCCGAUGUCUCCACUGCCAGCGAGCUUCUCCAAAUAGCGGAUUCGGUCGGUCCAUCCAUCGUUGUGCUCAAGACCCAUUAUGAUCUCAUCAACAACUGGGAUUACAACCCAAUAACGGGCACGGGAGCACGCCUCAACCGUCUCGCACGUCGUCAUGGGUUCCUCGUCUUUGAAGACCGGAAAUUCGGUGAUAUUGGAAAUACCGUGCAAUUACAAUAUACUGAAGGCACAGCCAAGAUCAUUGAGUGGUCGCACAUCACCAAUGUUAACAUGAUACCCGGGAAAGCCAGCGUGGAUUCCUUGGCCGAAGCAGCGGCACGAUGGAGAGAACGUAAACGUUAUGAAGUCAAGACGAACAUAUCGGUUGGGACCCCUCGACCCGAAAGUAUUGAAAGCGACGAAGAUCAAAUCACCACUCCUAUAAAUUUUGACAGCAAGCCCAAUAAAAUCACGGAUGGUGCUCAUGGAUUGGAAGCACACGAUAACGCGAAUAUUGGACGAAAAGCUAGUAUCGUAUCUAUUACCACCGUGUCACAACAUUUCGAACCGGCCAAUUCUCCACGCUCGCGCAUCGAUUUUGAUCUUGAGGAAGACGCAUAUCCUGGAAUCGAUGAGGCGCCUUUGGAGAGAGGUCUUCUGAUAUUAGCACAAAUGAGUAGUGCGGGCAAUUUCAUGACGAGAGAGUAUACUGAUGCGUGUGUGGAAAGUGCGAGAGAACAUAAACAAUAUGUGAUGGGAUUUAUUUCGCAGGAAACGCUAAAUACGAAUGCGGAUGAUGAUUUCAUUUGUAUGACCCCAGGAUGUCAAUUACCGCCUGAGAAUGAUGAAGAGGCGGAAUUGGUGGGUGAUGGAAAGGGGCAACAGUAUAAUACUCCAGAAAAGCUGGUGGGGUUGGGCUGUGACGUUGUGAUUGUGGGGAGGGGCAUCAUUCGCGCAAGUGAUCCAAAGGAAGAGGCGGAGAGGUAUAGGAGGAAGGCUUGGGAGGCAUAUGAGAAGAGGGUUAAAGCCUAG